UAACAGGGACCUGACGUCAUGACGUCACACACCCGGAUGUUUUCGAACGAUGUCAUGACGUUACACGGCUUCCUGUCUCCACCCGUCGGCAGCCAUGAUGGAAGGACUGGACGACGGACCAGACUUCCUCUCCGAAGAGGACCGCGGACCCAGGGCGGUCAACGUGGACCUCCAGACGGAUGCCACGCUGCAGGUGGACAUCUCCGACGCCCUGAGCGAGCGAGACAAGGUGAAGUUUACCGUGCACACCAAGAGCACGCUGCCCAACUUCAAGCAGAGCGAGUUCUCGGUGGUCCGCCAGCACGAGGAGUUUAUCUGGCUGCACGACUCCUUCGUGGAGAACGAGGACUACGCCGGCUACAUCAUACCGCCCGCCCCCCCCAGGCCGGACUUUGAUGCCUCCAGGGAGAAGCUGCAGAAGCUGGGCGAAGGCGAAGGUUCCAUGACCAAGGAGGAGUUCACCAAGAUGAAGCAGGAGCUGGAGGCAGAGUACCUGGCCAUCUUUAAAAAGACGGUGGCCAUGCACGAGGUAUUUCUGUGUCGAGUAGCGGCGCAUCCUGUCCUCCGCAAGGACCUCAACUUCCACGUCUUCCUGGAGUACAACCAGGACCUGAGUGUGCGAGGAAAAAACAAGAAGGAGAAGCUGGAGGACUUCUUCAAGAACGUGGUCAAGUCUGCCGACGGAGUCUUGGUGGCGGGCGUCAAGGACGUGGACGACUUCUUCGAGCAUGAGAAGACGUUCCUGCUGGAAUAUCACAACAGAGUUAAAGACGCCUCCGCCAAAUCUGACAGAAUGAUUCGCUCGCACAAGAACGCCGCUGACGACAUCAACAGGAUGGCGUCGUGUCUCUACGCGCUGGGCACGCAGGACUCCAGCGACUUAUGCAAGUUCUUCCUCAAGGUGUCUGAGCUCUUUGAGAAGACCAGGAAAAUCGAGGCACGGGUUGCGGCCGACGAAGACCUGAAGUUGGCCGACUUGUUGAAAUAUUACCUGCGGGAGUCGCAGGCCGCAAAGGACUUGCUCUACCGCAGGAGUCGAGCGCUGCUGGACUACGAGAGCGCCAACAAGGCUCUGGACAAAGCCCGCGCCAAGAACCGAGACGUCCUGCAGGCAGAGAGCAGCCAGCAGCUGUGCUGUCACAAAUUCGACAAGAUCUCCGACUCCGCCAAGCAAGAGCUCAUCGACUUCAAGACCAGGCGAGUGGCGGCGUUCAGGAAGAACCUGGUGGAGCUGGCAGAGUUGGAGCUCAAACACGCCAAGGGGAACCUCCAGCUGCUGCAGAGCUGCCUGGGGGUCCUGAAGGGUAACACUUAACCACGCCUCCUCCUCGGACACGCCCCUCCCCCCCCGGGACGAAAAAACGCCACCAGGAAGGAACAGGAAGUCUGUCAUCGUCAUCACUAACCACGCGAUGUCCCGUCCCACGGUCUAAUCGGAAUCAAUCUGCUUCAUCUUGUCUUCUGUGCUCUUACUUUAGCGGGUUCUUUGGUGUCGCUCAACUUCCUGUGCCACUUCGGCUUCCUUUUCUUAUUACUGUCACAGAAAAGAAUGGCCACCUAUGGUCUCUGUCUUUGUGGGAGGAGCCUCAGUCUCGGCCUUAAUGUCUGAAUUGUUUCACUCAUGUGACCAAAGCUUCCAUCCCUGCCAAGAUGGCAGCCACUUUUAUUAAAAAGUCAAACGUUUUUUUUUUUUUUUUUUUUUCACAAUAAAACACCUGUUUUCCCUUCAAAA